AUGAUGACUUUCAUUUUUUUCUUCGCAUAUUUUCGUUACUUUCCCACGCUAUUUAUUCACACAUGUUUUUUCUAAGCUUUUGAAAAUAAUUUUCUCAAGUUUUAUGCCGUGUUUAGUUGUGUUCCAUCAGUUGGCUUGACAGCACUUGUUAAUUUUCUGCAAAAUAUUAUUUUUUAAAUACUUUUAAUUAAAUUAAAAAAUGAGUUUUUAUAAUACACCUUUCAUUGAAAUUGUCGAACAGCCAGCAUCCGCAACUCGUUUUCGAUAUACUGGUGAAAAUCGUACAGAAACAUUGUUGGGUAGAAGUUCAACAAAAACAACAAAAACAUAUUUUAAAAUAAAAAUUCAUAAUUUACAAGGUCCAGCAAGAGUUUCAGUAUCAUGUGUUAGUAAAAAUGAUCCAUAUCAUAUACAUUCUCAUGGUUUACGAUUUAAAGAUAAUAAUGUAAAAAAUAUUGAGUGUGUAAAUGGCAUUGUUUAUUUUAAUUUAACACCAGAUAAUCCAGUUAUGGAAUUUAAAAAAAUUGGUAUUCAAUCAUGCAAAAAAAAUGAAGUAGAUCAAUUCAUCAGAGCAAAAAUGUUGAUGGGACAUGAUCCAUGUAAUGCUGGAUUUGAUUGUGCAUAUUACAGUUCAUCGUCAUUUGAUUUAUCAGCAGUUCGUUUGGCUAUUCAAGCAUUUGUCAAAGUUCCAAUGAUAAAUACUGUUGUACCAAUUGAAACAGCUGUUACAGAAAUAAUCUAUGAUUCAAAAACUGCUAAUAAUGGAAUGACCAUUUGUUCUGUUAGCCAUGACAGUGUACCAGCAAGUGGUGGACAAAAAAUAAUUAUUUUAACUGAAAAAAUAUAUAAAACCGAUAUUGAAGUUUGGUUUUAUCAAUUGAAUGAUGAAGAUGAUGUCAUUUGGAAAGCACCAGGUAUAUUUGAACCAGAAGAUAUUCAUUAUCAGAGAGCAAUUACAUUGAAAACACCAGCGUAUUCAAAUUUGAAUAUUAAAGAACCAGUUACAAUUUUUAUACAACUUUAUCGUCGAUCAAAUAAAGCCAACAGUGAAUUUCACGAAAUUAAAUUUGUUCCAGACAUAGAAACAACUGAGAUAAGAAAAAGAAAAAGAAAUGCAUUGGGUAACAGCUCAAACUUUUUUGAUGAAAAUUCAUUUGAAUAUUGCACUUGUAUUAAUUGUCCACAACAUGCUGGUGUUAAUACAGCUUAUCCAGCUGUUGCUAUUGAUGAUUUAUCACAAAUUAAUACUGAAACAAUCAACACCCAAAAUUAUAAUGAACUAUCAAAGACAACAAAAGCAAAUUCAAUGAGCAAUUUUGUUGACAAUAUUAGUGGUAAUGAUAAUAAGCUAGUUUUAAAAUCAUUGGGAAUUAAAAAUAAUAAUUGUGCUCAACUAAUUAAUGUGAAUAAUAAUUUUGAAGAGCAUCAGCAAACACCUGGUGAUAUUAUUGAAAAUUUAGAUCCAUCAGGUCUUGUGGAAGUAUUGUCAGAAAGCUUGUCAAGUAGCUUUACAUCAUUUGGUGAUAUCGAGGAAGACUAG